AUGGCCACCUCCGGUUCUUGCAUGAACCUGUUAAGGAGAAACCCCACUUUCCAGCCUCUUCAUCCUCUUCAUCCUGCUCUGCAUCCUCCUCUCCAUCCUCCUCUGCACCCCCUGGGCUCAGACACACAUUCUUUCCUGAGUCAGCAGUCUUCCAUUCUCCAUGAGCAAAUAUUCAACCUUCCGUAUUUUAACAUAAUCCAACCGAAUCACACACACAGACCUCAGCACACCCCGGGGUCUCUGUCCGGCUUCAGCAGCCCCGCUUCAUCAUCCUCUACCUCAUCAUCUCCACACAAAGACGCCUUCAUGCACCCACAGAUGAUAGAGGAACCGAAGCGCACUUACAGUUUCACCCAGGAAGAUUUGUUCAAGGUGCUCUAUGGAUACAGUAAAGACCACCAGAAGGGGGUCGGACACGCCAUUUCAGGACUACUGCUACCCAAUGAACCAGUUUCAGACCUCCUGCCUGCCAAAAUCGACUCAGAAAGUCUCGAGCUGCCUGAAGGUCUGUGUGUGCUCAGGUGCUCGUGCGCCGGUGUUCCCCACUGUGGGGUUUUUGCCGCGCGCAACGCAAUACCUAAAGGCACGCACUUCGGGCCAUACCGGGGAAAAGCGGUGAACACGAGCGAGAUCAAAACAACACACGACAACACACUUAUGUGGGAGAUCUUUGAGAAGGGCCGACUGAGUCACUUCGUGGACGGCGGUGGCGCGCGCGGAAGCUGGAUGUCGCUGGUGCAGUGCGCGCGCUUCCCCGAGGAGCAGAACGUCGUGGCGGUGCAGCGCGCGGGCCGCAUUUACUACGAGACGUGCCGAGAGGUGCGCCCCCUGCAGGAGCUGCUCGUGUGGUACGGAGACACCUACACCCUGUACAUGGGCAUCCCCAUGUCCCUCAGAGAAGAGGAGCAGGAAGUUGAAGAGCAAGAAGGAGACUCAGCUGAGGGCUAUAAAUGUGAUCGAUGUGGAAAGGUCUUCGCUUACCGAUACUACAGAGAUAAGCACCUGAAGUACACUCGGUGUGUGGAUCAGGGAGAUCGGAAGUUCCCUUGUCAACUCUGUAACAGAUCUUUUGAGAAGAGAGACCGACUGCGCAUACACAUCCUGCACGUUCAUGAGAAACACCGACCACAUAAGUGUUCAGUGUGCGGCAAAAGUUUUUCUCAGUCCUCGAGCCUCAACAAGCACAUGCGCGUGCACUCCGGAGAGCGACCUUACAAAUGCGUCUACUGCAACAAGGCGUUCACUGCCUCCAGCAUCCUCCGCACACACAUCAGACAGCACUCGGGUGAAAGGCCGUUUAAGUGCAAACACUGCGGGAAAGCCUUCGCCUCUCAUGCAGCCCACGACAGCCACGUACGCCGGAGUCACGCCAAAGACAAACCGGUGUCGUGUGAUCUCUGUGACAGAACGUUUGAUCAGGCAGAGGAGCUUAAAGAGCACAUGAAGAUCCACAACAAUCGCCCACUCAUUCAGUCCUCGGCUCUUCCUCCCUCGCCUGGAAAACACACGGUGGAUCAGAACGGCCCCUUAAGCAAGGAAUGUACUCGGGACAUCACUGCGAGUUUCCCACCUUUUUCAGGAAUCACAUCCAAUUACAGACCAUGGAAUUAACUCACAAAUCGUUGUGAAUCCCUCCCAAACUGCGCACUCAGAUAAAAUACAGCAUAGCUGUAAUCCACGACACAGGUCUUAGUACACAAGCCUAGCUUAGCAUCAGGAGUAGUAGGCUAGGCUAUGUCACAGUGUACUUGGAUUUUCAGGAAUAUUCUGAACAACAAUAACUUCUAGGUCAUUCAGGCAUUCCCUGAAUAGAGCUGAACAGUGAGGGAUUGGCUUCUUGGUAACAAAGCUUAGAUAUUGGCUCCCAAGUACACUUUUUUAGUAUUAUGAGGUACCAAUCAAAAAUGUAUCGCACAUAUACCCUGGAUAAGACAAUUCACUGUGGCACCAUGAUGAUACAUACUGUAGCUAAUGGAAACAAUUGCUUCUUGAGCCUGUGCUACUGUCUGUGUACAGUCUCACAUGUUCUUCAGCAAGGGUUUUAUCCGGGUUCUUCAGUUUUCUCCUACCUUCGAAAAAACACUUCGAAUUGAAUCUGCUAAAUGUGUGCGUAUAAGACCUUGUGGUAAAAUACUGACUUUCCACCUUCCUCUGCUUUGUGGUUACUCAAUGUUGACUGUGAUGUCAAACAAGUAAAUGAACUAUAUUUAUACACACAUUUAAAAAAGAAAACUGGAUAAAGGACUGCUAAUCUUUACAAUCUUGACCACUGGAGACAAUACACAAGAGUAACUCUUUCCACUGUAACAGACAUUCAUGACAGUCGUGUACUUCAAUGAGAGAAACUUCCAGAAGCGAAGCCUGUUCAGCUCUAUUAGUCUACUCUUAAUCAACUUUCAGGCUUUUUUAUUCCAUCCUCUACUAUUUAAUAAACAUGUAAGUAGCUUAUAUUUAACUUUAUAAUUUCCUUGCAUUUCUAUCGUGAUUCGAUGUGUCUUAAUUUAUUACAGUGUAUGUUUUUUAACUAGAAGUGGUGUUUUGUUUGUUUUUGGUUUGUUUCGACUUGCGGCAAAUUGUGAUGUUGCGCUGUAAAAUGAUUAUGGUUAUUAUUAGUUUUGAAAGCAUUGUUAAACUAAUCUUGUUUGUACUGCAAACGUAUUUUUUUGCUGAUUCUAUCGUUAUAAUGUAUAAGCUAAACAUGGCAUUGUUUCACUAUAAACACCAAAAAACAUACAGCAUGGAUCAUAAGUAACCUUGUUAAAUCAGUAAAGAAUUGUUUAAUAUAGUUCAUGUGCUGUUUUUAUUCGUCUGGAUCAACAGGAUGCAAUAUUUCACUGAAUCUGUUCGGAAGCUCAACUUGUUUAAUGGAAACUAUUAUUCAAAUUAAUAAAUGUUGAUA